AUGCGAUUCUUCACUCUGGCCGCUUCUGCGCUGGUUGCGCUGGUGCCUGCCGCGCUCGUCGCCGCCCAGGCACACGACACGCCCGAGCUGGGCAUUGUCACGACGUUCCCCAACAACCCGCACUCGAUUGUCAAGAAUGGCCAGGCCAACACGGUGGUGUUUUCGAUCACCAACCCGCCCAAGGAGGACCGUCUGCUGACGCUCCAGUCGGUCACGGGUGCCUUCCUCAACCCCAAGAAGACAGACGGUCAGCGCGGUCGCGUGCUGCGCAACAUGACCACCACCACGUUCAAGUCGCGCCCGCUCCGAACCGUCGGUGGCCGUCCCGUGCAGAUCCCCUUUGACUUUGUGCCCGAGUUCAAGCCGCAGGAGCUCUCGGUGGAGUUCAGCCUGCUGGUCAACGACGAGCAGACGGGCAAGAAGCACCGCAUCCCCGCCUACCGCGGCGCCGUCCAGGUCGUCGAGCCCCCCAAGAAUUGGUUCGACCUCCAGCUGCUCUCCGUCUACGUCAUCGCCGCUGCCACCAUCGCCGGCAUCGCCUACGUCGUCUACGCCACCUACAUCAAGGCCGAGGACACCACCGCCACCGGUCCCAAGAAGUUCGAGAAGCCCGCUCCCGUUCAGCAGUCCGGCGUCCAGGACGAGUGGAUCCCUGAGCACCACCUCCGCGCACGCAAGGGCAAGGGCAAGUCGACCGGCGCUCUCAGCAGCGGCGACGACGAGCCUUCGACCCCCAAACGACGAGGCAAGGGCCGCAAGUAG